AUGGCGAGAUCGGUCGUGCGCUGUGGGCAAUACCUUAUCCAGGCGGACCAAACGAUGCCAUACCAAUUCGAAGACAGCACGGCCCUAACGGCGGAUUUACCUCAUGGCAAGCAGUUCAAGAGACUGAAACAGAGCAAAGACGAGCUGCAGCCACAGCUACAGAGAUUGUCGGUCCUCGAGUUCGUCGCAGUCUAG